UGUUUCCGGUGAUUUGGUGCGGAAUGAGUCGGUCCGGAAAAUAAACAUUUCUCAUUGAAUUUUCAGCUUAAUCCUAAUACUUUGAAAUCUAAUUUCCCAGGAUGGAAUCCCAGAAAACGAACGUUGUGUAUGGUGCGCCCCACGGAAUGGGUCAGCAUCCAAGUGGAGCUCCACCGCCCGGCGUGUUGUCAUCGGUGCCAGCGACACUUUCCAUACCGGCCGCUGUGUACUCUUCCCCGGCGACGUCAUCAGCCGCUGGAGGGGGUUCGUCAUCGGUCUCGCAGACGUGGCACAAUGACUUUGAAUUUAUUUCGUCUGAGGAUGACAUUUCUGCGACAUCGAAAGUGCCACAAUAUGGAGCCCCUGUCCCUGGAGAUGAUGUACAUGUGGACCUUGGGGAGAUGCAUUACACAGAUGCUUCACAAGCAAGCUCCGAUACCAAGUCAGGAAAUUCUGCUUCUCAGUUCUUACAGAAGAAAGGCUAUGGGUGGCUCCUGGAAGUUGAUGAUGUUGAUGAAGGAGAUGCACCUUUAUUGGAAGAGUUAGAUAUUGAUUUGAGAGACAUCUAUAAUAAGAUACGCUGCGUGAUCUUCCCUUGCCCAUUCCUCGGCUUCCAGAGGCAAAUCUUGAGAGACAGUCCUGAUUUCUGGGGCCCUCUAUUGGUUGUUCUGCUCUUCUCAGCGGUAUCCCUCUAUGGACAGUUCAGGGUUGUUUCAUGGAUCAUUACUAUCUGGUUAUUUGGAUCCCUCGUUAUCUUCCUCUUGGCAAGAGUACUGGGAGGAGAGGUGAGUUAUUCCCAGUGCCUUGGUGUCAUCGGAUACUCGUUACUUCCUCUGAUCAUCACAGCAUCAAUGCUACCGCUGUUAGGAACCAUUGCAUAUGUAGGAUUCUUGGUCAAGUUUGCUGGUGUUGCCUGGGCUGCCUUCAGUGCUGGUUCUUUACUCAUACAAGACAGUUUGGCUCACAAGAAACCACUUUUAAUUUAUCCCGUCUUACUCUUGUACAUUUACUUCUUUUCUCUAUAUACUGGCGUAUAAAUAUUUAAAAAAUUACAUUUAUAUUAUUAAGUUCCUUUUUUCAUAGAGUUUAUAUAUUGUUUUAUUUUUCGACUUGCAGAAAAAUGUAUUCAGUGAACUGUUAAAAACAUUUUUUACUUUUUUUUUUAUAUUUUAUUUCGUAAAACACGUUUGUUUUUGUAAAAAUGAAAUAUUAGAGUUUUCUAAGGUCAACUAAGACAAGUAAUGGGACACUUUUGAACUUAAAGUGGCAGCAGGCUUACAAGGUUGUGGUUGAUAGAAAAAAAAAAUGUGACAGGAUUAGAACUGCCAUCAACCUAUGGGCAAACUUAGUGGUACAGACACAGUUUCUGCUUUAGAAACGGUGCUGACUGUUGAGUUUCACUUCACCCAAGUAGUCUGUGUAUCGGUGCAAGGGUAAAGCCAAAAUAGUGUUCUUUAUUCCUGAUGCAAUUGUUACAUCAGUUUAACAAAAUACUCUGCUCCUAAACUGUUGGAACAUUCAUACUUGGCAUUAUCUUACCUUUAAUUCUUCUCAAAGGUGGCAUUUCUUCCUAGUCGAGAUAAUUAUCUCAUGGUUUAUAAACCUACAAAAACUAAAGCUGCUGAAACGCUGUUGUGUGCUAUGUGGGUAAGAGUUAUAGUUGCUAGACUUCAGUGAGUUCACAAUAAAGAGCGCCAUCUAGAGUUUGCCUUGAGAGAGGUUGACUUAAUUCAUGGGAAAAUGUCAUUAUACCGAUAGAGAUUGUAUGUAGUUCAAGUCAAAGUUUUCUUUGUGAAAAGGAAGGUCCUCUUUGCAAAGUAAAAUGUUUACUUGUUUAUUGGUUUAUUGGUAAGGUUUAAUUGGGUAGGUUUACUGGUUAAGGUUUCCUAGUUUGUUUAAACUGAUCAGGUUAGAGGUAAAAAGUGGUUGUGUAAGUGAAAGACUGUGACUGUGUUCAAAUGUUUCUCUCAUCAUGUCACUCUAAUUUUACAGACUGAUUACCGACUACCUUCUUGGAAGUGGCCUCUGUGUUUAAACUCUACAUGGUGCUCUAUGUUGUGAAUGACCAGUGACUCAAAUCUAAAUAGUUCAGAUUUGAUAGGGAUGGUAUAUGUUUGGUAAUCACUCUUAUUAUUAAUGGCAAUAAACACUUAAUUGGUAGAAGUACAGAAGCUUUUGAUAGUAUAAAGCAUUUUGAGAAUCAUUUUACUUUGUUGAUUAUGGAAAAGAUACCAAUUUUUCCCCCCAAACUUGACUCCGUGAAGCGUUAGGCCUACUAUCAGAUUCUCAGAUUGUGUAUUACAAUUACGGGUUAUUCCUGUGUUGACAUUAUCACUCCAGAUUUUCAGUGGUAUUUCCAAAACAUGACCUCCUUUGAAAUGAAAUGUUCACAUGUUUGUUUUAUUGUAUGUUAUAUAUCAAACGAUCAAUCGAUUCCAAGAAACAAAGGUAUGCUUUCCCUUUGAACUGAUAAAGGGCUCGGACAAUCAUCACUUUUGUUGCAAUGUUUCUAAUUGACAGUAAUAUAGUAAUAUAUUGUUUUGGGGGGACCUUAGUGCCCAACCCACUAGGCCUAGUACCCACACCCUACUCCCAAAUAACUCAUUAUUAUUUCCGUCAAAACAGAUGGCUGCAUUAAUCAACGGUGCAUUAUGGAAUAAUAAAUGUUGUGCUGGUUUAAAAGUCCAUCAGUAAAAGAUUAUAAACGGCUGUCAUCAUUUUGCUUUUUUUUUAUUUAACAAAAUCAACUAUUAAAUUUUUUGGCAAUAGAAAAUAAAAACUGCACAAAAUCAAAUCAAUAAAGAUGCUAAAUAAACAGAAGUGCAUCUUUAAGAACCAGGCUGAAGACUGAAACAUAUCCCAGAUGUUUGAAAAGAUUACAGGAAUGUGCCUUGUGGUAUUCCAAUGUAAUGAGGAUCCAA